UGAAGUAAUAAAAGUCUAACCACAAACUUCUCUUAUCCAAGAAAGCAGCAUCUGUGAGCCAAGUAAGUUAAAGAUUUCUAAAGCUGGGACAAAGUUGACAUACCCAGAAGCAGAAGCAUGAAUGACUCAGUGGACAAACUGGUAAUCUUCCUAGCAAAGAGAGAUGGCAUAGACAAGGUGGUGAAGACGUUCCAGUACGUGUCAAAGCUCGUAAACUGGCACGUGGAAGGCACGCAGGCGGACAUAUCGAGGAGGUUCAAGCAAUGGGAAGUGGCCUCAGGGCUCAGCAGAAAAGCCUUCAGAACUGGAAGGUUCCUCAGCGGCUUCAACGUUCUUCGCAGAAACCCAGGCUCCACCCUUUCUCUUAGGCUACUAGCGGUGCUCGCAAAUGCAGGGGAAAUGGUGUAUUUCUUCUUCGAUCACUUUCUUUGGUUGGCAAGGAUUGGGACCAUAGACGCAAGCUUGGCGAAGAAGAUGAGUUUCAUAUCCGCGUUUGGUGAGUCUGUUGGGUAUGUCUUCUUCAUCAUAGCUGAUUUCAUUAUGCUCAAAGAAGGGAUCAAGGCACAGAGAGAGCUGAGCAGCUCCAAGGAGGAAGAGAUCAAAAUAGGGAUUCAGAAGAUCAGAAGCGAUAGAAUCAUGAGGCUAAUGGCAGUGGCUGCUAAUGUUGCGGAUUUGUUCAUAGCAAUAGCGGAGAUUGAGCCAAACCCUUUCUGCAACCACACUGUUACGCUUGGUAUUAGUGGCUUGGUUUCUGCUUGGGCUGGUUGGUAUAGAAAUUGGCCUUCAUAAACCUAAGCUAGCAAGACCAUGCAGGCUGUAAUUUUGUUUUUUUUUUUUUUUUACGUACGUCUAAUAUUAAUGGAUGCUGAAUAAAUACUUUAAAUUUAAUCGUGUCUAGCUUAUAAACUCUUAACAUGGUUUUUUUGUUAUGUGGGUAAAAGGUCGUCAUUGUACGUGUUUUCUGAGUUAUUAAAAAAGAACAUCUGAAAAUCA